AUGCGCAAGAACUCGAUAGCUGGCUGGCCAAGAACUAAGGGAAUUCCCGGUAAUCAAAACGACACUUCUAGAAAAUAUUUCAGAAGUCUUGACAGUGCGCAUUCACGCCUGAAAACGUCAUGGCACGGUGGCAAGCGACUGGUUUGCACGCACCCGUUUGACCCGAAGAGAGUCAGAAGCGGAAUUUACUCGCGAAAAUCCUCCACACCACCUCAAUCACCCCAAGUCUUACCUGUAAAGUCUCCAGGAUCGUUACGCUCCAUAAGACGGAUUGUCCGCCAAUUUCAAAAGCACGCCGAUGCCAAUUUCUCCAAAAUUUUAGCGUUUACCCAGCACUCUGAAAAGACGUGUACCCGCUGUGAGAACUUGGAGCGCGAAAACAGCGGCCUAAUUGACUCGUUCCAGGAGCAAAAGAAACGGCGCAAGCGAGGUUAG